CCACCGCUGGGUCCUGCAGCAGGGACCGCAGUCCCAAGCUGCUGCAGGGGCCACUCCUGUGGAAAAGCCACUGGCACGGGGAGGCGACGUCGGAAGGUGCAACAUCCAGUGCCUUCCUCCUCCUCCUUGGCUACGGACGCAAGAGCACCCAGGAGUACAUGGGCAUCCUCUGCAGCCUCAUCAUGCGGGACAAGCUGCCCUUGGAUGACAUCAAGGCCAGCGUCACCGAGAUGAUGGCGGGUGGGGUGGACACGACCUCCAUGACGCUGCAGUGGGCCAUGUUCGAGCUGGCACGGUCCCCAGCAGGGGACAGGGUGAAGAUGCUGAAAACCGUCCGGUUGCUCAAAGCUGCCAUCAAGGAGACGCUCAGGCUGCACCCCGUGGCCGUGACCCUGCAGAGGUACACCACGCAAGAGGUCAUCCUCCAAGACUACCGCAUCCCCCCCAAGACGCUGGUGCAGGUGGGACUCUAUGCCAUGGGUCGGGACGCCGAGGUCUUCCCCAAACCGGAGCAGUUCAACCCCCAGCGCUGGCUGGCAGCCGGCCCCAAGCCAUUCCACUGCCAGGGACACUGGGGACUGGGGAGCUGGCACUUGGGGCUGGGUACCUCUGGUGUUUUCCAUCCGCUCUUUUCUCCUCCGUCUCAGAUCCUGGAGAACUUCAAGAUCGAAACCAUGAGAGCGGUGGAAAUCGGCACCAAGUUCGAGCUCAUCCUCAUCCCGGACCAACCCAUCUACCUGACCCUGCGGCCGCUCCCACCCUGGCCGUGA